CCAGGGCCCCGCCCACCUUCGGGGGAGCCAGCUUGCGAGCGCUGCGGAGAUUGGGUGAAUCCCCCGCUGCGUGCGCUCGUCCGAGUCCCGCAGGUCCUUCUGGUGUUGAUCUUCUCACCAGUGAUUCCCUGGCUUCCAGCUUCCAGUCUGGCUGAACUUCCUCUUUCCCCAGAAGAUGUUCCUGGUAGGCCUGACAGGGGGCAUUGCCUCAGGCAAGAGCUCUGUGAUCCAGGUAUUCCAGCAGCUGGGCUGUGCAGUGAUUGACGUGGAUGUCAUUGCCCGGCAUGUUGUCCAGCCGGGGUUCCCUGCUCACCAGCGCAUUGUAGAGGCCUUUGGCACUGAGGUGUUAUUGGAGGAUGGAAACAUCAAUCGCAAGGUCUUAGGGGACCUGAUCUUCAACCAGCCUGAUCAGCGCCAGCUGCUCAACUCCAUCACUCACCCUGAGAUCCACAAGGAAAUGAUGAAGGAGACCUUCAAGUAUUUCCUCCGGGGAUACCGCUACGUGAUCCUGGAUAUCCCCCUUCUGUUUGAGACCAAGAAGCUGCUCAAAUACAUGAAGCAUACAGUGGUAGUAUACUGUGAUCGAGACACACAGCUGGCCCGGCUGAUGAAGCGGAAUAACCUAAACCGAGAGGAUGCAGAAGCACGGAUCAAGGCCCAGCUGCCCCUGAAGGACAAGGCCCGCAUGGCCAACCAUAUUCUAGACAACUCAGGCGAGUGGAGCAUCACCAAACGCCAGAUCGUCCUCUUGCAUGCCAAGUUGGAGCACUCCCUGGAGUACCUGCCACUGAGGCUCGGGGCCCUCAUGGGUUUGGCUGCCAUUGCCAGCCUCCUGUACCUGCUUACCCGCUACCUUCUGCCUUCUCCUUAGCUGGACGCACCAACAAAGAAAAUGAGGCUCAAGUCAGAUAUGUGUCUUUAAACACACACAUACACACACACACACACAGAGUUUGAGUCACACACACACACACACACAUACACACACACACACACACACACACACACACACACACACAGAGUUUGAGUCAGUGCCUGUGCUGGGCCAGCCCUUCUUUGGAUCACAUCCUGACAGAUCAAGAAGCAACAGGUCACUGCCAGUAGGUGCUCCUUCCCACCCUGCCCUCCUCUCUACCUCUCCUUCUUUUUGCAGUUCCUACAGAAUAAUAUCCACCAUGGCAGGAAGUGGGUUCCACUUAGGCCUGUGGGCAGGGUACAGUCUCUGCAGCUCUCACAUCUGGACUGCCAGAGGUUUCCUGGCUUCUCUGAACAUCUAUCCCAUCAUGACCAAAACCUUCUUAGUAAAUCCUAGGGAACCCUUCGGGAGCAAGGGCUUCUCAACUUCAA